AGUUUGGUUGAUUUGCAGCAUGUUUCGCGUUCAGUCUUGCUGAUAAUGUGAAUACUUACUAGUUAUGUUCAUAUAGGGAUGUAUCUUGCUAAUGCUAUCAUAGUUCUAACAUGCAGGUAUCACAUAUUUAGUAUGUUUCGCGCAAUGUAAAAAAAAAAGUAUUAUGGGAGCUCGCAUUAGCUCCUCACAAACAUUUUCACUCUACUCUGCCGCCAACAUUUGGGCGCCUUGGCGAAUCGCCCAACGAAAAGCAGCGGUACUAGAAUUCUCAUACAGAAAGACUCCAAACCAUUGUAAGUAAAUGAAGGUUUCUCAAUUUUUGGAAGUGACUUCUGUCACUGUUUUGAUGAUACUAAGUUACUUCUCUGACUGAGCUUCUUGCUUUCACAUGCAUGCAUGAACACUAUAGAUUUCUGUUUCUUCAGACUACUGAAAUGAAUGUUUUCUUUUAGAUACGCUCCAAUCCCAUUGAAAACACCCGUCCCGUUGUUAUUAUAUCUCAGUGCACCCGACCCUGCAUGGCCAGUGAGUCUGCUCUCUCUGUCUGCUGGCACUUUGUAGGUCUAUGAGAAAUUGCCUGUAGGUUAUCUGGCUACCUGUCAAGUGGCACCACCUGGCAGAGAGGGGAUGAGCCCUCAGGGUGUGCGAGCAACCCAGGCCUGGCUCCAUUCCUCUUGGCAGGUCCAGGUGCCUUUCGCCUGGUUAGAGGCAUGCGUGGAGUGGCUGCAGCAGGAAGGAGGAGGGGCCCCCCUGCCUCAACACCAGCUUAAUCAGCAGGUACUAUUUUAUUAACAAUUUUUCUCAACUCCGGUACAACUGAAUUUAAGCUCUUUACACAAAACGUAACAUUUGUGUCGUUGCAGGUCCUGGAUCAGUGGCUGCUGACCGACCUACGUGACCUGGCCCACCCUGUGCUCCCUGAAGGGCUAUCUCGGGCCCAGAAGUCAGAGCUCAGCGGCAGCUUCGGCGUGCAGCUGGACUCCCUACUGGACAUUAGCCAGGCUGCCUAUGGCCAGCUUCAGCGCUGGAGGGGUACUGACUGCACCAACGAGGCUGUGUCAGCCAUCACCCAGGCCACCCAGCGGCCCUGGGAGGCCAAACCCACACGCAUGCUGCUGCUGCAGCUCACUGAUGGCGUGCAGAGCCUGGAGGCUAUGGAGUACCAGCCCAUCCCUGCACUCAGCACCACCCUCAAGCCAGGAGUCAAACUGCAGCUGCAGGGCCAAAUAACCUGCCGGCUAGGGGUGCUACUGCUGAAGCCAGGCAACGUGAAGGUGCUGGGAGGGGAGGUGGAGGAGCUGGGUGAGAGGCACUCCCAAGGGAAGGUGCUAUGCAGGGCUCUGGGACUGCCUGAGGAGGAGCCACAGGGUCCGGCCGAGCAGCCAGAGGUCCCACUACCAGGUAACCAGGAGGCUGACAACCAGGAACCAGACGACCUGGAGCUGCUGGCCAGCCUGGAGACCCAGGAGAGGGAGGCGGGGUGGAGGGUGGAACCCAGCCUGGAGAGUGGCUACAGGACCCGCAGUGAGGCAUCCUCUGCCUCUUACAGAAAUGCAUCGCUGCAGAGUCGGUGCUUUGAAAGCCUUGCAGAUUCUGCACUCGAAAGCCCUUCACGCCAUGAGGCCCUUGAACUGGACAAUUUGGACAUCCCAGAUGAGGACUUUGAUGACCUUCCCCUGGAUGAGCUUGACGGUAUCAUUUUCCAGGAGAGCCCAAUCCAAUCGACAAACAACAGGAGGGAUAAUCAAAGAGACGACCUGAGGAGAGGGCAGGAAGAAGCCUCCAACUCCUACUCUCCCCCAUCAGAUGACAUGAGAAACGAAAGCCAUUUUGACUCCCUUGAUGAGAGGGAUGAUCCUGUUUUGGACGAGGACAUGAGCUGCUUCUUCCCACCGGAGCCAAAAGCUCCUAGACAGGAGCAAAUACUAGAUAGUACCUGUGUCAGAGAACUGGGAACAGGCCAGCCCUCUGUGGCAGGAGCAGAGAGGCUCUCGACCAAAAUCUCAGAGAGUGCGGCGACUGUGACGCUCGAUUCACCCCCGUUUACUUACCUGUGUUUGCUGCAACAGGUUGCGAGCCCCUCAGGCCUGCUGGAGCGCGUGAGCGAGGUGUGUGUGAAAGCCUUCAUCGUCACCCUGCAAGGGAACCUCAAAUGCAGUAAGGGGGAGUGGCGGGUCAGCGCCUCCAUCUCGGACGGAACUGGUUACAUGGACGUGGACCUCUCAGACCAGGUUCUGACGGGCCUGCUGGGGUUUUCAGCGGCUGAGAAGUCGAAGCUAGACCCAGCCCGGAAGGAUGCAGGGAUGAAGGCGUGUCAGCAGGGCCUGGUGGACAUGUGCUGCGUGAUGACUCUGAGGUUGGACCCCGCCGGUAGGAAGGCUGUGGUCCUCAAGGCUGAUGCAGUCACAGAGGAGGACUGCCGAGCCCUGGAGGAGCGAGUGAAAGGCAGGCGUGGGCAGGAGGACUCUGGGAUGUGGACCAGUGGAGGCUGCUGAGGGGA